AUGGGAAGUCAACCAACAUUUGGGGACAUCCCUGGAUUCCUAAGCUGCCAAAAUUUAAACUUUCAGACAACAAUCCCCUCAGAAAUAAUUGCCAAAAGUGUGUUGCGUUCGAAAUUGAACAGAAGGGUUUUGAGCUCAUCGAAUAUUCCUUUGCUCACCCAAGACAAAGAGGAGGACCUCACAAAAUCUGCCAUGGCAGCAUUUCGUGCCAAGGAAGAUGAAAUCGAGAGGAAGAAAACACAGAUGAGCGGGAAAAUUGAAGCUCAGUUGGGAUGUGUGGAGGAAGAAGCUAAGCGCCUCGCUGGAAUUCAUGCAGUAAGUCUGCAAAUUUAUCAUUAG